AUGCCAUGGUAUUUACAAUGGUAUUCUGAUUAUCGUGACCUUGAAAAUCUUAUCAAGAUCUUACGAAUAUUAUUGAAGGAAUUUACGGCAUGGAUGACAAGUUGUCCUCCGGACUCGUAUCUUGAAUGUUCGUUUGAGGUUGGUAUUAUGAUACGUCAUUUAACUUAUUUUCUCGUCCGUCCUAUCGAAUCGGAUAAUUUGAACAUAUUUUGUGAAGAAUUUUACGAUGACUACUGUAAACUAGUUUUGCAUUGGUCAUCAAUUUUAUCAUCAACAUUGGCACAUUCUUUCAAUAAAAUGAAUUCCAAAUCAGCUACACAAACCAUCGUUCAAACUUUGUAUAAUUUUACACUUCAUUCAAACGUACUAAAUUAUAUGAAAACUAUACCAAACUUGAUUCAUAUGCUUUUGAAAAUGACUGAUGUUGAACAUGAUGAAAUACAAUUGAAUGCUUAUCGAUGUUUGGGAAAAAUUAUGAUUGAAGCAGAUAUUAAAACUAUGGCAAAUCCAGAUAAAAUUGCGGCUGUAUAUAUCGAAUUCAUUGCAAAUACUAUGGAUGAUCCAGUAAAAACAGAACGAUUUCAUAGUCUGUUAGAGAGUUUAAAAAAUUUUGUUCAACAUGAUCAAGUUAAAAAUGAGCUGAUUAAACAGGGAACGCUUCUUUUACUAGUAAAAUGUGUCGUCGAAACUCGAUUCAAUCAAAGUAAUGUACAACAAAUAGCUCUUGAAAUUCUUCUCGCUCUCUCAUUUCACAAGGAUGCUUGUUCUGUUCUGAAACAGAAUGAAAAUUUCAUGAAUCAUUGUCGAAUUCUUGCUGAAAAUACUAAUCCAGUUCGAUUCGACUUACAACGAGCUGCCGAAGGACUUCUUUGGAAACUAGAAAAAGAAAACGAAGCUAUUGCUAAACCAACUACUUUGAAUUCGUACCAAUACGAUAUUAUGAUAAGUUAUUCACACAAAGAUAAAGAAUUAUGUCUUCGAAUUCAUGAACAACUACUCAAAGAUGGAUUUAAUGUUUGGAUCGACAGAGACUGUUUAUAUGGAUCAACAAUGGCCGGCAUAGCAAAUGCCAUUGAAAAUUCUGAAUGCGUACUCAUCUGUAUGUCGAAUACAUAUAAAGAAAGUGUUUAUUGUCAAUCGGAAGCACAUUAUGCAUUUGAACGACGAUGUCGUGUAAUUCCAAUCAUUCUACAACCUAAUUAUAAACCUGAUGGAUGGCUAGGUAUCAUUGUCAGUGGGAAGAUCUAUGUGGACUUUGUAGAUGUUGAAUUCAAAUUGGCCUAUGAAAAAUUGAAGAAUGAGAUUGCUGAACAACGGCAACGUUGCUUAAGCAAAUUGUUAACAAAAACAACAGAGAAAGAUCCAGUCAAUGCAAGUUCCCUAAGUCCAAAACAUUUCGAGCUAAUUUCCACAUCUAUUGAGUGA